UUCCCUUAGGGUUUCACUACAUUUCCCAGGAUGCUUUGCCAACAGUGACGCUAUUGGUCGGCGCUGGCGGAAGAGCACUUGACUGAGCGGAAGUGAAGAGUCUCAGACGCUAGGAAGGUGAGGAGGAGACGAGCUGUGGAGCUUUUCAUCUUCACCUCCGUCACUGAUUGAGCAUGGAGGAGAAGUCAAAAAACUGUAGGGUUCCAGAGGAUCUGUUUAAUGGUUUGAAAGUUACAGAUCCCCAGGAAGCGGAGGGUGCUAGCCCUCCAGUUUCUAAUGCCAAAGAUCACCAUUCUCAGAGCAAACUGCUCCAGGAUGUUGAGACCCAUCCUCAGGAGGACCAGGGAGAAGAGGAGUGCUUUUAUGACCCCAGUGCCUCAUUUGAGAAGGAGGAGCCAAGAGUGGACGAGGUUGAAAACAAACCUGAAAAUGAUGUGAAUUCCUCUGAACUAGAUGAAGAGUAUCUAGUAGAACUGGAAAAAAACAUGCCCGAUGAAGAGAAAAAGAAAAGGAGAGAAGAGAGCACUAGACUAAAGGAGGAGGGAAAUGAGCAGUUUAAGAAAGGAGAUUAUAUGGAAGCCGAAAGUUCUUACAGUCGAGCGCUUCAGAUGUGUCCAUCCUGCUUCCAGAAAGACAGGUCUAUUCUGUUUUCAAACAGAGCUGCUGCAAGGAUGAAACAGGACAAGAAAGAGAUGGCCAUCAGUGACUGCAGCAAAGCAAUUCAGUUAAACCCCAGCUACAUCAGGGCAAUACUGAGGAGAGCGGAGUUGUAUGAGAAAACUGACAAGCUAGAUGAAGCCCUGGAAGACUAUAAAUCCAUAUUAGAAAAAGAUCCAUCAGUACAUCAAGCAAGGGAAGCUUGCAUGAGAUUACCUAAGCAAAUUGAAGAACGUAACGAAAGACUGAAGGAAGAGAUGCUGGGUAAACUAAAAGAUCUCGGGAACUUGGUUCUCCGGCCUUUCGGACUCUCCACAGAAAAUUUCCAGAUCAAACAGGAUUCCUCUACUGGCUCCUACUCCAUCAAUUUUGUUCAAAAUCCAAAUAAUAACAGAUAACAGAGAUAACAAUAGCUUUUAAAGCUGGCUUGGAAAUUGUGUGCUGCUUGCUGUUAGCGAGGGGAAGGGCCCUAACAAUGUUUAACUUUUAAAAGCAUCUUAUCUCCAAGACAGGCUAUCCAGUAGAGCCCAGUGCUCCCCUCUGCCCCUUGUUUUAUGAUCAGGGCUAAAUGCACUUCCUGUUGUAAUGAGCCUAAUUUGAUUUCCAUUUUAGGGUGGUGGCUGUGCAGCUGUUGCCCUGGUUCUGGCUGUCCUUUAUUUUGUCCAGGAGAAAGCCUGCUUGUCGAGGCUCACCUCCCCCAGGCUCCUCAGAAACAAACCCAGCCAGAGUCUCCCAGGCCGAGCAAACCUGCCUGCCAGAGGCUGCCCAGCCACAGUUGGUGGGGCUCCCCCCUGCCGUCCCCUCUUCCCUAUCACACAUGCCGCCCAGGCUGCCAUGUGCGGGCUCCAGCAUCUCGUGAUUUCCUCUGUGGUAAUAAACGCGUUCUGUGAUGGUC